AUGGGGGAAAUGGGUAUCGUCUCGACCAGUAGCGGUGGGCUUGGCGCGAAAAACAACGAAACAAUAGGCAUGAUAGUAUGCUACUCACCAAAGAUGAUCACCACCAGUGGUAUCUGGGUAGGCAGCAUGCCUUGGGAUUAUUCGCUUCCUGUGUUCUUGUUGCAGAUCACUCUGAUCAUCAUUACAACCCGCUUUCUUGUCUUCAUCCUCAAACCCCUCCGCCAACCUAAAGUCAUAUCUGAGAUCCUUGGAGGUGUGUUGUUGGGUCCGUCAGUCAUGGGGCGGAUCCCUAAGUUUGCUGACAUAGUGUUCCCGUUGAGGAGCGUGCUGAUUCUAGAGACAAUGGCAAACAUAGGACUGCUCUACUUCUUGUUCCUGGUUGGGAUUGAGAUGGACCUAUAUGUGAUCAAGCGCAUAGGAAAGAAGGCCUUGACCAUCGCCAUUAUUGGAAUGAUCCCGCCAUUUCUGAUUGGCAUUUCUCUCUCCUUCUUUUUGCAAACCUCCGAGGACGUUGGCCCUGGCACAUUCCUCCUUUUCCUAGGCGUUACCCUCUCUGUCACCGCUUUCCCUGUGCUAGCUCGUAUUCUCGCGGAGCUCAAACUACUCAACACCGAGUUGGGGAAGCUAGCCCUGUCUGCGGCCAUCAUCAAUGACUUGUGCGCAUGGAUCUUGAUUUCCUUGGCCGUUUCCCUGGCCAAGACCGGUGCCACCCGUUUUGCCUCUCUAUUGGUGGUCGUCUCCGCUGUUGUAUUCGUCAUGUGCUGCAUCUUUGUUAUCAGGCCAGCCAUUGCAUGGAUCAUAAGACGCACGCCAGAAAGCAGCAACUACAAUGAAUUCUACAUUUGUCUCAUCGUCAGUGGAGUCAUGAUCUGUGGGUUAAUCACUGACACCCUUGGUACCCACCCCAUCUUUGGUGCCUUCGUCUUUGGCCUUGUCAUACCUAAUGGACCACUCGGAGCUACCAUCAUUGAUAAGCUUCAAGAUUUUGUUUCGGUGUUUCUUCUCCCGCUCUUCUUCGCCAUUAGCGGGCUCAGGACUAAUAUCUGGGCCAUCCAUGGCUCUUCCACCUUGGGCUUAUUGAUUCUCGCCAUUUUUCUGAGCUGCACCGGCAAGGCGGUUGCCACAAUCAUUGUUUCUGUGGUUAACCAUAUGCCAAUGCAGGAAAGUGUCGCGCUUGGCUUACUAAUGAAUACCAAAGGUCCCAUCGAAAUUAUCAUCCUCAGUGCUGGAAGGGACCAGAAGGUUCUAGAUGAUCAGUCAUUUGCAAUCUUGGUGAUCGUGGCAGUUAUCAUGACAAGCAUCAUAACUCCAGUCAUAACGGCCAUCUACAAACCAGCAAGACCAUUCAUACCAUACAAGCGUAGGACCGUUCAGUGGCCGAAGCGUGACGCAGAGCUUCGUAUACUGGCCUGCGUCCACACACCUCGCAAUGUCCCGACCAUCAUCAACCUGAUUGAUGCUUCUCACCCAACGAAGAAGUCCCCCAUUUGCGUUUUCGCGCUCCACCUUGUUGAGCUCACCGGGCGUUCCUCAGCGAUGUUGAUUGUCCACAACUCUCACAAGUCCGGCGGCCAUCCUGCUCUCAACCGCACCCAAGCCCAAUCUGACCACAUCAUAAGCGCCUUCGAAAACUAUGAACAACACUCAGGUGGAGUCUCUGUCCAGCCCCUCACCGCAAUCUCUCGUUACUCCACCAUGCAUGAGGACAUUUGCAAUCUUGCUGAGGAUAAACGAGCCUCACUCAUCCUCCUCCCUUUUCACAAGCAACAAACGCUUGAUGGCAGUAUGGAGGCCACAAAUCCUGCCUUCCGUGGUAUAAAUCAGAACGUCUUAGCCACUGCCCCCUGCUCAGUCGGCAUUCUUGUCGAUCGUGGUCUAGAUGGGUCUACACGGGUGGCAGCAACCGAAACCACCCACCACGUUGCUGUGCUCUUCUUUGGUGGACCAGAUGAUAGAGAAGCAUUGGCGUAUGGAUGGAGGAUGGCAGAACACCCAGGCGUUUGUUUGACGGUGUUACGCUUCCUUCCAGGGGAGGACGCGGCGGAUCCUGUGGUGGAACCAAGCAGCGACACCCGGGAUUUGAGAAUCCUAACAGUGAUCACAGACAACGAAAGGGAGAAGAAGCUUGACGAUGAAUACAUAAACGAGUUCAGGAUAAAGAAUACGAACGAUGAAUCAAUUUCAUAUUCAGAGAAGAUUGUGAAUAAUGGGGAGGAGACGGCAGCGGUAGUUCGGUCCUUGGACAACACACACGACCUAUACAUAGUUGGAAGAGGACAAGGAAUGAUAUCACCUCUCACGGCUGGUCUCACUGAUUGGAGUGAAUGCCCGGAGCUAGGGGCAAUCGGGGAUUUGUUGGCAUCGGACAUGUCAGAAACAAAAUCAGUUCUUGUGGUGCAACAAUAUGUGGGAGGAGGUGAGGAAGAUAAUGAAAUGGAGACGCAAAGCAGCCCCAUACGACAGGCUCACUGUAACAUUAAUAGCACGAACCGGUGGCCGUCCAGAGGGCCUGGUACUGUUCAACUUCAAGUCAUGAACAUGCAAAGAGGGAUGGGGGCUGGAUAUUUUGGCUGA